AGGACGACAUGGCCAGGGCCAGCAGCGCGACGGGCAUCCCCGGGCGGGCGCUGCGCUCAGGACGCCCGCGGCCCUGGCCCGCGCCGCGGCAUCGCCCAGCGGCCGCCGCAGGGAAUCAGUGGGGAGUGUACAGAGACUUCCUGAAGUUCAACAACAGAAGUCGAGCAAUGUGAUUCAAAAACAGACAAGAACUGAGAGACGCUUCUCAGAGCAGACACGGGCAUGGCCAGGAAGCACCUGGGAAGGCGCUCAGCAUCCCGAGUCUCAAGGACACCAGACCAAACCACCAUGAGGCCCUCCCACACCCACAGGAGGCUACGAUCGGAAGGCGGCAACGUGGAGACACGGGCCCACGCAGCAGCGGCCCCUCCAUGGGGUCCAGCACCUCUGCUUCUGGCCAUUCUCCAGAAGCACUGCAGGCAGGGACAGGAGGAAACGCGGCACCCAGGCGUCCAUCAGCAGAGGGGCAGACAAACGAAAUGUGAUCCGUCCACACACAGGAAAGUUCUGCAGCCCUGAGAAGAAAUGAGCUCUUUUCCCUCAGGUGCCCACAGGGCUCCUGCCCACCCAGUGCCCUUGGCAUGGUAAAAACAAACCAAGGUCUCGCUCUGCCCAGGUCUCCCCGGUGCCGGAGCUGCACCUUUGCCGCGGGGUGGAAGAAGGAACCGUGGGUGAGCUCCCGCUCUGGAGCUACGGCACUGGCUGACCAGGGGCAGCUCUCCUCCCAGGCCCUGGAGGCGCCCACGUCUGUGCCAACCAGUAUGUGGUAAAAAGCUGAGGCCAAGACGACCUCCGCAUCGCAGGACCACCCGGCUCGAGUCUCCAAAUCAGCAAGGCGCGGCCCCGCUCAGGGGCCAAGGGGCUCCAGACAGGGGUGUGGAUGCCCUCGGGAAGCCCUGGGCAUGGUGGCCAAGUCAUCCUGUCCCUCCGCAUCAAGUUGCAGAACAAGGAGCACAUGGCCGAGGUCCAUGCAGGGCCAAGUUCAAUUCCCCGGCCACCAGAAGGUCCACAUUUCAAAGGAGGAGGACGUGACCAAGUUUAGUGCAGACAGGUUUUAAGAUGUGGUGACUGAGUAGCAGCUCGUCCACAGUUGUGGUCUCCCGGACAAUUGGGGAGCCUGCACUCCUGAGGACUGCCAUGUGCCCUUAGUCACUCCGCCAGUAAAUCCUGUAUCAUGACCGAGAAAAAGAUGAAAAAAAGGGAUCCGGACGCGUGCCGCACCACGGACUCUGAAAUUCUUGUGCUAAGUGAAACAAGCCAGGCACACAGGGACGGGACCAGCGGAGGCCAGGCACGCAGGGACGGGACUGCAGAGGCCAGGCAUGCAGAGGCUUCCUCCAGAGCUGCCCAGAACCACCCCUUCAGCAGGGCAGAGCGGGGAGGCCGGCAGCUGGGAGCAGGGAGGAGAGUCAGGUGUGGGGACAGGCUUCCGUCUGGAAGGUGGUGUCCCCUGGAGAGGACAGUGGUGGUGGCCGCACCACCCCGGGUGUGUGCUCAGCUGCUGACAGUGCACUUAAAGCCGGCCAUAGUGGUGAGCUUCUACCACAGUGAAAAAGGAGAAAGAAGAGAAGCAGCUGGAGGAACCGGGAGAGGCCAGCCUCCUCGCGGGGCCUCCCCGAGUGCUUUGACCUGCGCGGACCUUCCACCGCAGUGCACUCCUCAGGGUCCCAGCAAAGCAAGGACACUGGCUAGGCCCCAAAGAUGCUGAGGAUUUCCCCAGUCCCUUGCUGCUGCGGACAGAGGCGGCUCAGCCCGCCACCCCUCACUCUACUGGGCCUGGUAUCUGCCCUGAGGCUCCAGGUGGCUCUGUGACCCCCAUGCCUGGUUAGGACAGGCCUCAUGGUCUCCUCGAACAAAAAGAACGGGUGUUUAUUUUUCCCCUUCCUGGGGUCUUCUGAAUGAAGUGACAGAGCCUCCGGGCAGGGCCUACCCAAGGCUGACGGCACUGCAUAACACGUCCAUCACUGCUGACCCUGGGGAAGGGGGACUUCAGGGCAGCAAAACCACCAGCAGACCAGGAACUGUGCCCAGCCAUGCCCCGCCCUGCCCUCUGCACGGCCUGCGUCCCCAGGGGUCCACCUCAUGGGGCCCAGCUGGGCUCUGGGUACUACCUGCGCAGAAGGGGACAAGGUACCUGGUGCUCAGAGCCAGGCAGGGGCAGCCCUGGCCUCCUCGCCCACCAGAGGGACACCAGAGGGAAGAGGUCUGUGCCGCACCCUCCGGAGGCCUCCCAGCAGCAGUCAGCCUCCGGCUCCGCUGCACUGCGUGUCUUCCUGGCCCAAGUCCCCGACCUGCCAAAGACCACCUCUCCAGGGUCCCACCACCCCUGCCACAGCUGGGCAGUGGCCACAGCCUCCUCUCUUGGGCCUCAUGGCCCAGCGCUCCAGUGCCUGGGGCACAGGGCUGUGGCAGAGGAUCCAGGUCUGGGUUCCAUCCUGUGACCUUGGGCGAGGCCCUUGGCCCUGCAUCAGUCUGCCUGCCCCUCCCCCACACCAUGCGGGCAAGGCCAGGUGCUGCCCAUGGCUCGUCUGCCCAGUCUGGAUGGACUCGCCAAGUGCCAGCAAGCCCCUUGGGGCCGCCGGUGCCAGGCUGGAGUGCCCAGGAGGGGUGAGGGGACAGCUGUAACCACAAGAUGUAAACAGGCUGGGCAGGUCCCAGGUAUAAAGCCUGAAGCCCCCGCAGCCAUUCAACACACGGCCUGACCUGCCUCUCCAGGGCCCUCGAGGAAAGCAGGCGGACAGGAUGGACGAGGACUUCUCCUCCCAGAUGAAGAAGGUGGCGCUGGCCAUGGGCACGUCUCUGUCAGACAAGGACAUAGAGCUCCUGCCCUCAGACAUGAGGCACCACGGGUCCUUCAACUACCUCAGGUUCUUUGAGUACAUGCGCCAGUUCCAGGCCUCAGGACAGCUGGAGAGCGCCAUUCGCAAGGCCUUCCAGACCCUGGACAAGGACAAGAGCGGCUUCAUUGAGUGGAACGAGAUCAAGUACGUCCUGUCCACCAUCCCCAGCGGCAUGCCCACUGCCCCACUGACAGAUGAGGAGGCCGAGGCCAUGAUCCAGGCGGCCGACAUGGACGGGGACGGGAGGAUCGACUACGAAGAAUUUUCUGAAUUAAUCAAGAAGGAGAAAAUCCCGAGGAAGAAGUAACACCACGAGCAGCCCUGGGCCAGUGAGCAGCCCCUGUGGGCUGUGCCCCAGCGGACGUUCUCGGAGGAGACCAUGAGGGUGGACGCCCUGUGCCAGGGAGGUGGGAGAAACACGCU